AUGCAUCUCACCAAGCCGGCUCUCGUUGUUGCCUCUUUAUUAUGGGCUACCACAUUUGCCUCUCCCAUUGACUCUCCAAGCAUCCUCAGAACUAGAGGACUUAUCGGUGGCUCCACAACCAAUGAUAAUACGAAGGAUGUUGCAGGAAGCACUACUGCCAACAAUGCUGUAGGAAAUGACAACACGAAAAGUGCUUCAAAAAGUAAUGCUGUCGAGGAUGCUGUAGGAAGUCUCGAUCUAGGAAAAAUUACAGGAGGCCUUAGUGCCCGCGAAGUUUCAAGGCGUCAUCAUGGCCACAAGAGUCAAGAAGGCGAGAUUGUCGACGAUGCACUUAAUAUUGCCGACGAUGCUACACCUGGUGGCUUUGUUGAUCGUACUACAAGGCGUGGUACUGCCCGCGAUGUUUCAAGGCGUCAUCAUGGCCAUCAAAAGGGAGGAAAUGAGGCUUCUGACGGUGCAGUUGGUACUACCAAAAACGCCACGGGAGAUGAUGCUACGAGCGAUGUUGCAAGUAGCAUUGUUGAAGAUGCUACUCGCGAUGGUGGGAAAGAUGCCACAUCAGCGCCUGGAUUCUUUACUGAUAUUCUGAGACGUCUUGUUACCCGCGAUAAGGACGGUACUGUGCAUGAUGCCAAUCACGCUGCCAAUCAAGCUGUACAUGAUGCUAAUCACGCUGUACACGAGGCCAACGAGGCUGUACAUAAUACCGUGCAUGGGUUACUCCAUGGGAUCCUUCGUUGA